AUGGGGACCGCAGGACUCCAAUCCACGUUAUGGCUCUGCUACCUGACACUGCUGGUCGGCUCACUCACUCAGACCGCUAACGCAUCUCACCUCGGCCGAGUGUGCACGACUUGGGGAAACUAUCACUGGAAGACCCUCGAUGGAAAUUUCUUCCAGAUGCCCUCCACCUGUAACCAUAUGGUGACCUCGCAGUGCAAGAGCAGCUAUGAAAAUUUCAACAUUCAGAUGAGGCGCACCACAGUCAACAAUACCGCCACCAUCAGCAACAUCAUCAUGAAGCUGGAAGGUUCUGUGGUGGAGCUCUCCAAAAGCUCAGUGAUUGUCAAUGGCAAGACGGUGUCUCUGCCAUUUGUCAUAUUCGGGGUGACUAUCAAGGGAACCACAUCUAGCAUCAUGGUGGAUGCUAAGCUGGGCAUUAAAGCUAUCUGGAACCUGGAUGACUCUCUGGAUAUUGAACUCGAUAUCAAAUACCAGGGCCAGACAUGUGGACUCUGUGGAGAUUUUGACGGCAUAGCCAAUGAUUUAACGAGUGAGGGAGCCCCGCUGUCUGUGGAAAACUAUGGUGAAAUGUACAAGGUGAACGGGCCGACAGAGAGCUGUGAGGAGCCUGAGCUCAACCCGGUCUUAAGCUGCGGCAAUAAGGAUUUCUGUGACCAGAUCUUCUCCAGUGAUCCAUUCAGCAGUUGCCAAAACCGGCUGGAUGACGAAUCCUUCAGUAAAGCCUGUAUGGUUGACAUGUGCAACACCAAAAACAGCACUGACUCCAUCCUCUGCAAAACCAUCUCAGAGUUCUCCAGACAGUGUGUCCAUGCAGGAGGCCAGCCCCAGCAAUGGAGGAAUACAACUUUUUGCUAUAAAGAGUGUCCCUACAACAUGGAGUUCUUUGAGUGUAGCAGUUCAUGUCCUGACAGCUGCUCCACCCCUCAGGCCAGCAAGACAUGUGACAACCACUGUUACGACAGCUGCAGCUGCCCUGCAGGAACGGUCUUUGAUGACAUCAAUAAAAGUGGCUGUAUUGCAGUGGAUCAGUGUCCAUGUCUGCACAACAACAAAGUAUACACACCAGGAGAGUCCUACUCUCUCAACUGUAGAUCCUGCGUGUGCGAGAGUGGCCGGUGGACGUGUACGGAGGAGAACUGUCCAGGGACCUGCUCUGUGGAGGGAGGAGCUCACAUCAACACCUUCGAUGGAAAAGUCUACACCUUCCACGGGGACUGCUCCUACGUUCUGGCUAAGCAAAAUAAUGGCUCCUUAUACACUGUGCUGGCUGACCUGGUCAAGUGUGGUCUGGGUGACAGUAGGACCUGCCUCAGAGCUGUAACUCUGGCCUUAUACAGCAACUCUGUGGUUGUUAAAAUUCAGGCAUCCGGCCAGGUCUAUGUGAACCAGAUUCUUUCUCAGCUUCCGUUGUUUACACCGGAGAUCAGUGCUUUUAAGCCAUCGUCCUUCUACAUCUUCAUCAGCGUCAAGGUGGGCUUAAAAGUGAUGGUCCAGCUGUCCCCUAUGAUGCAGGUCUUCAUUUUAGCUGACACUUCACUCAGAGGAACCACCUCUGGUUUGUGUGGGAACUUCAACAACAUAAUGACUGAUGACUUCAGGGUAAUGAGCGGGCUGGUGGAGGGCACUGCUACGGCGUUCGCCAACACAUGGAAAACCAGAGCCAGCUGCCCUGACAUCACAACAGGCUUCGGGCACCCCUGUAGCCAGGGCAUCAGCAAGGAGAGCUACGCCCAGUACUGGUGCUCCAUACUAACAGAUCCCAAUGGAGUGUUUGCUCAAUGCCACGCUGUCAUUAGCCCCAGCGUAUACAAAGAUAACUGCUUGUAUGACACCUGUAACUGCGAGAAAAGUGAGGACUGCAUGUGUACCGCAGUCUCCUCAUAUGUCUACGCCUGCUCAGCGGCAGGAAUCCAGCUCACUGACUGGAGGAAGACCAUCUGCGGCAAGUUCAGUGAAUCAUGUCCAGCGGAGACGGUGUACGACUACAACAUGAUCUCCUGCGGUCGUACCUGCCGCUCCCUCAGCCAGGUUGACUACUCCUGCCAGACCAACUUCACCACAGUGGACGGCUGCGGCUGUGCCGAAGGAACCUACAUGAACGAGGAGGGGCAGUGCGUGUUCAGUGCAAGCUGUCCCUGCUAUGAUAAAGACACCAUAAUUCCUCCUGGAGAGGUUGUCAGCAAAGACGGCAGCACAUGUGUCUGCAGACAAGGCGCUCUCAGCUGCUCAGGAUUGCAACAAACAGAACCUUCAUUAUCCUGCAUUCCCCCCAUGGUUUACUUCGACUGCUCCACUGCUCUACCCGGUACCACUGGAACCGAGUGUCAGAAGAGCUGUAGCACAAUGGACAUGGCCUGUAUCAGCACAGGCUGUACAUCGGGCUGCAUGUGCCCUCAAGGCCUGGUGUCAGAUGGAACAGGAGGCUGCAUCAACGAGACCAACUGUCCAUGUCUGCACAAUGGAAAUGUCUACCAGUCUGGACAGACACUGGUUGAGGGCUGCAACACCUGCUACUGCAGUGGAAGGAAGUUCACAUGUACCACCAAUGUGUGUGAUGAAGUUUGCACGAUCUAUGGUGACGGUCACUACGUCACAUUUGAUGAUAAGCGGUUUGACUUCAGUGGACAGUGUGAAUACACACUCCUACAGGACUUCUGUGGCACCGAUCAGAGCAAAGGAACCUUCAGAAUUAUCACUGAGAAUGUCCCAUGUGGAACCACCGGGACCACCUGCUCCAAGACCAUCAAGAUCUUCCUGGGGGAUAAUGAAUUCCAACUUAAAGAUGAGAACUUCCACGUGGUAAAGGGCAGCAGCCAGGUGUUCCCUUCUCAGGUGCAAAAGAUGGGUAUUUACCUGGUGGUGAUGAUCAAGCCGGGACUUGUGCUCAUGUGGGACCAGAAGACCAGUCUUUUCAUUAAACUCAGCCCGCUGUUCCAGGGUCAAGUCUGUGGUCUGUGUGGAAACUACGACGGCAACAGUAAAAAUGACUUCACCACACGCUCUCAGGAGACUGUGGCAGACGUUCUAGAAUUUGGUAACAGCUGGAAGGUUUCGUCCAGCUGCCCAAACGCCGAACUAAUCACCGAUCCCUGUUCCUCCAACCGCUACCGGGCAGCCUGGUCCCAGAAACAGUGUAGCAUCAUCACCAGUGCCACCUUCCAGAGCUGUCAUUCACAGGUUGAUCCUGGUCCAUACUUUGAUUCUUGUGUGAGAGACUCUUGUGCUUGUGACACCGGUGGGGACUGUGAGUGUCUCUGCACUGCUGUGGCUGCCUAUGCGAAAGCUUGUAAUGAAGCUGGGGCCUGCAUUAAAUGGAGAACUCCCAAGAUGUGCCCUAUUUUCUGUGACUACUAUAAUGCCCCUGAUGGCUGUGAGUGGCACUACAAGCCUUGUGGAGCUGACUGCAUGAAGACAUGUAGGAAUCCAUCAGGAAACUGUUCCAACCUCAUUACCGCUGUGGAAGGCUGCUAUCCACAGUGUCCCCCAACCAAGCCCUACUUUAAUGAAGACACCAUGAAGUGCGUUGCCUGGAACCAAUGUGGCUGCUAUGAUGACAAAGGCACGCAUUACGGCAUCGGAGAUCAGGCUCCAUCGGACAACUGUUACUCUUGCUCCUGCACAAUCUCAGGAAUAAAAUGCAGCUACGACGUGAACACUUGCACAUGCUUCGUUAACGGAAAGACCUACGAAUAUGGUGCAACCAUUUACAACACAACAGAUGGUCUGGGAAGUUGCAUCACAGCUGAGUGUGGGGCCAAUGGGACCGUAAUCAGGACCAUCACAUCAAUGCGGGAAGACCAUCCAGGGAAGCAACAACAGGCGGGCCAUCGAGGAGUGACGCGGACCGCAGUACCGUCAUGGAAUAAAACCCCAGGCGCCCAUCAGAGCGUGACGACUCGAGAAAACAGCCGUCCAUCCAGGAGCGGGAAAACCAUCAGGGGCAACCAGUCGCAGUCAGGAGCGAGGAAAACCAAGAACAACAGGACCAGCGCCAUCGGAGGAGCGGAAGCAUCCAGAACAACAACAGCCCGCCAUCUAGGUGACUGGGCACCAACCUAUCGAGGAGACAACAACAUUGUGGAUGCUUGUCCAACCGUGCCGAUGCCAGUGAGCCGUGCGGGUAUUGGUGCGCCCCAAAAUGAUGUGUUACCAAGUCCUGACAGGUUGUGGGGUCGUGCAAUGAGGGGGGGGUGGGCCAUAGCUGUGCAGACAGCAUACUGCACCGAGAAGAAGUGA